CCUCCGUUACGUUGCAGCAGAGUUACAGUCUGACACGAGAGAGGAGCAGUGGGACAGAACAGCUGACCACCUCGCCCACAAUUGAACCGCAAGGGAUGGAAAUAUCGGAGAUCUUUUUAUGCAUUUUCCUCAGCUCUCACUACUUCGGCACCAUCUUCUUCAUCAUGUGGCUUUUCAUCUGGGGGACACCCACAGAGCUCACCAACUAUGGAUUGCUUAAUUGAAGUUGGGCCACCUGAUCCUGUUUGCGUCAGGAAAAUCGUGCACCUUUAGAGCAAGUGAAGUCGUUAUGGACAGUUGUUCAAAUGGUGCAUUUCCUGCUCAGAGAACGGGUGUCAAAAGCAGAAAUUCCAAUCUCAGUGUAUCACAUCUAUUUGCGCGUAAAGGACACAACGGCUCCAUUCAACGCUACCUGAAAUAAUCUGCGCUAUGUUUUAGGAAUAAUGUUAGAACGCUGUAGUUAGAUUAGAGGGUGUGUUUGUGAGACUGCUUUCUGCCGGCUUUGAUGCCAGAGUGGCGGCCAGCUUUUAUUGCGCGCAUACCAAUUGUGCGCUGCAGAUUAGCCGCUCCGUUAGGAGAUCCACCGCAGGAGGACCUGCGAUCUUUGACAGGCAACUACCUCACCAAACAUUGUGAAAGGUUUCAUUGAAAAUCCGUUUUCAACACCUGUCAUUUGAACUUUCACUACAACCAAGAGAGUUUUUAAAGCUGCAUUCAAGUGCCCCUGUGAGGCAGGAGUAAACCAUGGCUUUACCAGAUAGUUGUAUUUCUGGGGAGGAGGUUCCCUUCCCAGAGAUUAUAGAGCUCAAUGUUGGUGGCCAGGUGUACAUAACACGCUAUUCUACCCUCACAAGUGUGCCAGAAUCUCUGCUAUGGGAGAUGUUCAGUCGAAAGUCGAACAAAGGACUGGCCAGGGACACCAAGGGUCGCUUCUUUGUGGACCGUGACGGUUUCCUGUUCCGUUACAUCCUGGACUUCAUGCGUGACCAGCAGUUGGUACUUCCGGAUCACUUCCCCGAGCGCGGGCGUCUGCAGAGGGAGGCUGAGUUCUUCAACCUGCCAGAGCUCGUCAAGCUGCUGGCUCCCAAAAUCAGCAAGCAGAACUCCCUUGGCGAAGAGGGAUGUCAGAGCGACCCAGAGGACUCCUCACCUGGGAUUGACACGGCCCGUAACCUCGGCUCCCUGGGUGCUGCCGCUGCUGCCUGUGCCAGCAUGGUGCCCGGUGCCAUGGAUGGCAAACGCUCUGGGUUCAUCACUAUUGGCUACCGAGGCUCAUACACCCUGGGUCGUGACAGCCAAACCGAUGCCAAAUUCCGCCGGGUGGCACGGAUCAUGGUGUGUGGAAAGACCUCUUUGGCCAAAGAGGUUUUUGGGGAGACGCUGAAUGAGAGCCGUGACCCCGACCGCCCCCCAGAGCGCUACACGUCCCGCUACUAUCUCAAGUUCACCUUUCUGGAGCAGGCUUUUGAUAAGCUGGCUGACGCAGGCUUCCACAUGGUGGCCUGUAAUUCCACAGGAACCUGCGCCUUUGCCCAUGAGCAGACGGACGACAAGAUCUGGACCAGCUACACUGAAUAUGUGUUCUACCGUGAGUGAGACUAUCGGCGUUGUUCCCAUGGCCCUCCACCCUGUCUCCAAGUGCCCCCCCCUCCUCCAGUCUCCAGCCACCCUGUCCUUUUCUCUCUGAUGGCUCCUGCACCAGUAGAUGUACCGUAGAUGUUGUGUCCCUCCAUCUCUCUCUGCAGCCUCCAGCUUUUCUCCUAUGAACAGUACCCAGCUGACUCUUCAUACCUUUUCUGCAGGUGGAAUCUGCAGCCCCCCACCCUUCUCUACCCCUAGAUUCAUUCCCCUCAUCCUCAGGUCCGGCUUUGGCCCUGGCUUAAACCAUGUAGUUGUAGUCCCCGGUCCUCAACCACAGCAACCCCACAGCCUUUCCUGCAAAGUCUCAUACCUUCUAUGUACUUUUACCCUUUUGUACUCUAAAUAUUGCAUAUGCCUUGGUGAAGCACAAUACUGUAUCCAAGAGCUAAUUUUGUUAAUUAAGCGCCCUGGUGUGUCUAUAUGACUAUUAAAGCAGUCAUAAGGGCAUAAGGGAAAGGGCUUCAAAGAGUGGCCGUGAUGUACAGUGCUAUACUUUGCCUGCUUACUCGAGCAGAUCGGACUCUCUCCUGCUCCUCUGAACUAAAUUACCAAAUAAUUGGACAUCUGAUCAGCCUUGUGGGACUUGAGCAGCCCAAGCACAAGAAAGAAGUGUAACAAAAAUCUAAUUUCCAUCAGUUUUUAUUAAAUGUGUCCAGUACCAUGUGGUUGGGAACGUGCCAUAUAGUUGUUUAUCUGUUCAGCUGUUGUUAUGAAUGAAUGAAUGACAUGGACAGACAGGAGACAAAAAUGCAUUGAGCUUGAACGGGAAAAGUAGGGCGUGUGGAGUUUCGAUUAAAAAGUACUCUGAUUGUUCUGGCAAAUGAACAAGCUUUGAUAAACAACGAUGAAAGCUCAGAUAUCAAGAGAUCUCGCAGACAGAAAAAAAAGGUUGCCAGAUGAGGUGCGAGUAUUGAUCGUGCAAUGGAGCUUUCAGUAUUUUAAUCACCCACCCUGGGAGGGCCGAAGAGAUGAAAGUGUUACAUCAUUCACUGAACACUGCUUUAUGUUUUCGCUCAUUGUGCUUCUUUGACUUUUCCUUGCUCAAUGACAUAUUUAAGAGCAUUUUUAAAGCAAAGCACUUCAUGGGACAGGCUUACGCAAUGACUAAAACAUGUUGUUUCAAAAAAAAAAGAAAAAGAAAUGUGGUAGUCACCUUAGCGGAUCACGUUUUCAGUGUUCUGUCAACAAUAAUGUUAUUCUUAAUACUCAGUUCGGUAUUAGUUUAAGCUGUUGCAUAUUUGAUGAUAGCUCUCACUUACUGAAAGUGAACACCCACAACAAAGGGUAGGAUUAUGCUGUAGCCAGUCAAAGCCCAAUGUGUUGUCAUUACUGUAGCAAGGGCAAUGUGAGGGCAGUUUAAGGCAAAUAGGUCUAACUUUAGUUAUAAAUGAAGAGGCCCGUUUCCAGACACAGCCUCAGGACAGGUCUGCACAUCAUAUACCUCAGACUAAAAGCAACAAAAUGAAGGCUCUUAAGAUCCAGCUAAUGAUGUGAAAAUACACACAAAGUUAGGAACAUAUCCCAGAUGUAGAUGCUGUAAGAUUGAAGAUAAAUAAGAGGUUGAAUAUAAAGUGAAUUUUGAGUUGAGAAACAGCCAUUGAGGCAGAAAUAGUGCAGGAUUUCUUCUGAGCUAGAAGGUGUCAGGUUGUAGUUUUGGCAGAACGUCUGACAGUGACAAUAAAUGUAUUCUGAAAUGUCUAGAAACCGCGAUGUUGUGUUUCAGUGUGAUGAAGUGCUGUUGACAACUGAGUCAAUAUGUUAGACCUACUGCAGUGUGACGCUGCAGGCGUAGACAACACUGAAAUUAAAAGUGUUCAGCAAAAAGAAAAAUUGAUUUGUCAAAUAAAAGAUGUUUUCUUUCUA